UAAGUUGUUGUUGUUUUUUACUUUCUUCUUUUGGAUGAUUUGUUUUUGUGUUAUUCCCCAUUCCGCUACCGCAACGCUCUGUAUCUUGUGAAGAAAUUUAAUUUACUUUUUUUUUGGAAUUUGGUGUUAUCGAAAAGUGAACAAACAAGACAGUAAUAAUUAAAUAUUCCAAAACGUUGUGACAUUUGUGAAUUGUGAUUACAUUGCAGUGCAAAAUUGACUGGCCAACAAACCUGCUGAUGAGAAAAUUGAGAAUUUGAUUAAAAAAUUACUUUACUCACAUCCCCUUGCACCCUUGCACCCUUGUGAAAUCUAAAUAGACCCAAUUACUUGUUUAUCGCAUUAUCGCCGAAAACCAGACUAUCUUGGACAAAUAAAAUCAGGCCCACAGACAACAUUCUUAAAGUUGUUGAAGGUGGUUGGGGCCACGUUAGAAUAACAGAGGAGGUGGGGGCACUGUUUGUGUGUAAAUUGUUCGACACUGUCCAUCAUACCUCGUAUAGAUGGAUAAAUCAUAAAAAGUUGUGACGUGAUUGGAUAAAUUGAUUUAAUUUCCAAUUCAUUGGCUGAGCGAGCUGAACAUCCGCUCGAAAGGGAGGAACACAAGCCAACACUACAAGCUUUGCUAUGUUGAAAAAUAUCUACCGAUCUUCAAAUAUUGUACGCCAAAAGACGACGAAAGGCUUAACUUCACCGCCACCAGCUAGUACAAAAACGAAUAACAUUAGCACAUUGUUAACGGCAUCCCCUGCAGGUAGAAUAACGAGCUCAACGUCACGUUGUCUUGCGACGUAUCCAGCAUCAUCAGCAUUAUCAUCUGGGAGUACAACAAGCAGUACCGGGGCCGCUACAACGUUAAAGCGAAGCCAGUCGCAAACACAGUUUACCUUACUUAGCCAUUUAAAACCUCGUCAUCGCACCAUGUCAACGGGAAGUGCAGCUGGAGGUGGCCCCAAGCACACCAAUCGCUUGGCCCAGGAAAAGUCCCCGUAUCUGCUGCAACAUGCCCAUAAUCCAGUCGAUUGGUAUCCAUGGGGAGAAGAGGCCAUUGCAAAGGCCAAAAGCGAAAACAAAAUGAUAUUUUUAUCGGUGGGCUAUUCCACAUGUCACUGGUGCCAUGUCAUGGAACAUGAAUCUUUUGAGAACGAAGAAGUUGCCGCCAUAAUGAAUGAACAUUUUGUAAACAUCAAAGUGGAUCGAGAAGAGAGGCCAGACAUCGAUCGUAUUUAUAUGCAAUUUGUGCUUAUGAUGAACGGCAGCGGUGGGUGGCCCAUGAGUGUUUGGUUGACACCCGAUUUGGCUCCCAUAACGGCAGGAACAUAUUUCCCCCCUCAAGAUCGCUGGGGCAUGCCAUCUUUUACAACCGUACUAAGGGCCAUAUCGUCCAAAUGGGCCGAAAAUGAGGAACAAUUGAAAGCCGCUGGUAAUGAAAUAAUCACAGCCAUACAGAAGUCAUUGUGUGAGAAAACAUCUGAAGCGGUGUUUGAGCCUGGAAGUGCUGAUGCUAAAUUGCAAGAAGCCAUGCGUAUUUUUAAGCAACGUCAUGAUACACAAUUUGGAGGCUUUGGCUCACAUCCGAAAUUCCCCGAGGUCUCUAGGCUCAAUUUCCUUUUCCAUGCUUAUAUUGUAACCAAAGACAUAGAUACAUUGGAUAUGGCAACACACACUUUGCACAACAUAGGACGUGGUGGCAUACAUGAUCAUGUGUUUGGAGGCUUUGCUCGUUAUGCGGUUGAUCGCAAGUGGGCCAUUCCUCAUUUUGAAAAAAUGCUCUACGACCAGGGUCAGCUAAUGGCAGCCUAUGCAAAUGCCUAUAAGUUGACUAGGGAGGAAGCCUUCUUGGAGUACGCAGAUGGUAUAUAUAGAUAUUUAACUACUGAUCUUCAGCAUCCUGCUGGUGGUUUUUAUGCCGGCGAAGAUGCUGACUCCCUACCCAAAGCUAGUGAUACGAAAAAAGUGGAAGGUGCCUUCUAUGCUUGGACUUACGAGGAGGUCAAGAAAGCCAUAAGUGAUAACAAGGAUAAAUACAGUGAAUUAAAAAUGGAUGUUGGAAAAAUAUUUGAAAUUUAUGCUAGCUACUAUGACUUGCAAACUACUGGCAAUGUGGAACCAGCCAAUGAUCCCCAUGGUCAUUUAAAUGCCAAAAAUAUUUUGAUUGUACGCCAGCCAAUGGAGAAAACAUGUGAGAAGUUUGCUAUCGAUAAACAACAGUUGAAGAGCAUUGCUCAAAUAACCAACGGCAUUCUCUAUGAGAUACGUAAGCAUAGGCCCAGACCACAUUUGGAUACGAAAAUCAUAUGUUCAUGGAAUGGUUUAGUAUUGAGUGGUCUUUCGAAACUAAGCAACUGCGGUAAUGUCAAAAGACCUGUGUAUUUGGAAACUGCAGAAAAAUUGGUGAAAUUUAUGCACCAAUAUUUAUGGGAUGAAGACAAGAAAUUGUUGAAGAGGUCAUGCUAUGGUGUGGCCACCAAUGAUGCCACGCUACAAGAGCAUUUAGACGGAGAACGUAUUGAUGGUUUCUUAGAUGACUAUGCCUUCCUUAUCAAGGGCCUUUUGGAUUAUUACAAGGCCACUUUGGAUGGCUUUGCGUUGGAUUGGGCUAAAGAGUUGCAAGAAGUGCAAGACGCCAUGUUCUGGGACGCUCAAAACGGGGCUUACUUCUAUUCAAAAGCAAAUUCCCCAAAUGUAGUGAUACGUUUAAAAGAUGAUCAUGAUGGUGCUGAACCUUGUGGCAAUAGUGUUUCUGCCCGCAAUCUCAUUCUUCUUUCACACUAUUUAGACGAUGAAAGCUUUAGCGAACGCGCCACGCGUCUUUUCGAAUUUUUUGCCGACCAACAACCGUUUGGCUAUGCUCUUCCCGAAAUGUUGUCCGCCUUGUUGUUGCAUGAAAAUGGCCUUGAUUUGGUUGCCGUUGUUGGUCCCGAUUCAGAUACAACACAACGUUUUGUGGAGAUAUGUCGCAAAUACUACAUACCCGGCAUGAUAAUUGUUCAUGUCGAUCCGCAAAACACUCACCAUGCCUACAAUCAACGGGUACAGGAGAAAUUUAAAAUGAUCAAUGGCAAACCCACUGUCUAUAUUUGCCAUGAUAAAGUUUGUCGCAUGCCUGUCACGGACCCCGAGAAGUUGGAGCAGAAUUUAAAUGAAAAUUUCCUCAGAAGAAUUAUAUAAAGUGAAUAUUUACCAAGCAAAAAGUGUUAUACACAUAUUUCUCUAUUUUUUUUAAUGUGCUAAUGCUUAUAGUAUUUUUCAAUGUUAUAGAUGUAGAUCUAGUCUCGAAAUAUUUUCCUUACACAUACACGCUCUUAUAUUUGUAUAUUUCCCUUGAUUUUACUUUCUGCUUUGGAGUUUAAUCUAAAUGACGAUUAACUUGAUGUAUUAUACACCAAGUUGAGAUUAUAGAAGCAAUGUUUUGUUAUACUUUAACAAAAUUUAUAUAUCUAACCAACCAUUUGGGCAAUAUUUUUGUUAUAUAUGUAAAUAUUUUGCUAUAGCAGCAUCAUGUGCUUUAAGUACAGGGAGAAAUGAAUAAUAAUUAUAAUAAUAAAGUUCUUCAAAUGUA